CCGCGAGCUCCGCCUUCGACCUCAUCGGACAUUAUCCCUCCCGAACUUAUUACCUUGAUUAACCCUUAAGCAUCUCUGACCUCAAUCACACGCUGGCGUGUUAACCCUCGGUUCGCGGGGAGGGCCCAGUGGUUUCAGCCAUGAUCGCAGACACCGCAGCGUAUCGUCCCUCAGGGUCGAAUGAGGCACAUGCGUACAUCAAGCCUCCUGGAGGCCCCGCCGACAUGAUACACAGUGCGAGUGGCUCAAAUGGCACUCAGAUUCGAUCCGGAGAGAUAUUUCAAGGAGAUAGUAUGGCUUCUCAGCAGCCGCAGCCGCAACAGCAGCAACCGCCACAACCGGUGCUAGAUUUGAGGGUCAUCACGUUGGAGAAGGGCAGGAGAGACUUGACGUUUCGGUUGCAGGCUAAAACGAACCUGCCGUACUAUCGAUCAAAUGCGUAUCCCUCCAUACUGCGGACUUAUCGAGAGAUCGCUCUGUUGUGCCUGGCCAUGACGUUGCAGCAUCCCAGCUCCAUCGUGCAGGCGCUUCCAAUCCCCUUUCCCUCGCUCAUCUCUGCUUCGCAGGUGUCACAAACAACUCGAACGCAAGCGGAAAAUGCAGCCAUUCAGCAUCAGGAAGACAUUUUUCUCUCGCAGUUGCAGCGAUGGAUUCAUCGGACGAUUAGCGAUCCCAUGCUGCUUCAAUCACUCGAGCUGCGCAGUUUUAUCGAUUCGGAAUACUCCUACCACCCUACCGCGCCAGACACCGCGAGCUCAUCGCCGGCGUUGCGUAAGCGCUUCAAUGCAGGUGUAGCCGCGCUGAGCUCAGCUGGCGUCAGUGGCGCCUACGGGCCCGUCGAUGUUGGCAGCGGGUCCGUGCUUGGCCUCCCCUCUGGUGCAGGCACUGCGAGUACUUCAGCGACCGCAGCUGCCAAAUCCAUCGCAUCGUCCCUCUUUUCGUCCAUCGGUGGAAGCGGAGGGUCUGCCGCGGGCGCGAUGGGCUUUGCGACGAGCCGGAGCUUGCAUGACGAGGACGAUGAGCUGGUUGGCGCUCGGGAGGAGGUCACGCGCUUGGAGAUGCAGUUUGCGCAGGCUGCUGAAGGUCUCGAAAAGCUGUCCAUGCAGCGAAGAUCUCUGCUCGAAGCGACGGCAAACUUGUCGGCCAGGAUGACGAAUCUGGCGGCAAUUGAAGAAAUAAGACCACCCUCUGCAAAGCUUGGGUUGCCACAUGCCCUGGGAUGCACCGGCGAGAUGCUGCGACGAGUGACGGAAUUAGAAGAGGGACAAUCUCGAAUGGAAGUCUUGACACUAGGAGAUAUGUUGGCGUAUCAAAGCCUGAACGCACGCUCUGCUAAGGAAGCAAUGCUUUCAAGAAAUGCUCUCGUCGAAGAACACUACAACGUCACCAAGCUUGUUGCAAGCCGAAAGCAAGCGGCGGAGAACCUGCGGGGUUCUUCGACGAUUCGACCGGAGAAGGUGGACGAGGCUCUGCAGGAAUAUGCGGGGGCAAGAGAACGAGAGCGAGAGGUGGCAAUUCAUCUUCAGGGCGUCUCACAGGGACUCAAGUCAAGCCUACGCCGCCACUCCAAGUUCGCACAUGCCGACUUGGAGGACGCAGUCGUUGCACACGGGAGAGACAGCUUGCGGCGGACCAGAAUCAUGCUCGAUGUCAUUCGAGGUCUCAAGCCGGAAGUUCGCCGGGCACCGCAGCGAGGGCCAAUAGAGCCCGUGCAGCCGAUACCGACUGGCACGCCAUCUCCGGCCAUCGCACGGCCUGUCGCACGACAAGCUCCUGUUUCACCUCUUCCGCCGCCGCAGGUUGUUCACACACCGGUUCCUCAAACCCCAGUGCCACACGUCCCUGCUGAUGCUGUCAAGCCACCUAAUGGAAUACCGGCGCCUGUCAGCAUUGCUGCAACAGGCUCUCCUACCGGUGCUCCAACCACCAACAAGGACGCCGCCCCAUCGAUCACUCCCAUAACUCCAUCCCAUACCAUCGUUGCAGCCCUUUCCGAGCCUGCUCCUCCACCUACUCCGUCCAAGAUAGAUGGCGUCACCGUCAGCGCAAUCUCUUCCCCGCCUGCCCAAGCAGCAAGGCUGCCUAGUCUUCCCUCGCGUGACCCAUCGCCAACGGGCUUUAGACCAACACCUUUCGCCCCGAUGGCACAAUCGAUGCAUCAACCCGCAUCGCCGUCUCCCUUUGCAUCGAUGGGCUCGUCGUCGGCAGCAGAAGGCGAGCCGGCGGCGAAUCCUUUCGCGUUCCCAUCACCCAGCGGUAGUGCGAGUGGAAUGGCAAGGAGCAUGUUCGUGGAAAGGCCGCCAAAUCCACAGCAGCAGCAACAAUCACAAGCAGUAUCCAAUUCUUUUGGUACCAACGGAUUCGGAAGUGCGAGUACCAUCAACGGAGGCAGCUUAAAUAGCGGACGCAGCCGUAUCUCAGCACGAGACGCGGCCAAGAGCUUGGCUGGCAGAUUUUAA